GAGUUAGUGAACAUUGUUUGCUUCCUUUCUGAUCUUUUCCAUAUGGACUUGAUCAUUAUCUAGACUUGCAAUAACUUGGAGUUUACAAGAUGAGAACUCAGCUUAUUUGUUUAGUUGUCCUGUUUUUGGCUUAUGAUGGGGUGUGCUCAGAUCUUGAUCAGGAAAUGAAAGCAUUGGAAGUCGAUUUAUUGAAAAGCCUCUACACUUCAAAGGUGAAUAAACAGAGGUUCCCCUAUUGGAAGGUGACACUGCUAAACAUGUGCAGGCUUCUAAAUAACUUGAAUAGCAGAGGGGAAAAUGCAUGGAACAGUGAUGAAGGGGUCAUCUCAAGGGAACACUUUUCAACACUUCCAGAUAGCUUCAGUUCGGAGGCAUUAGAGGCAGCUUAUCAACUCAUAAAGAUCUGCAACAGAAGAACAUUACAGCCAAAGGAGUUACUUCAGAUAACCCAAGACCAGGAUCCGGAUCAUUCAAACUAUAAGAACAUGGAGAUGCUAAAGAGGAAAUCACCUUACAUUUUGAAAAGACAGUUGCAUAUUAACAAACCCAGAAGACCAUUCAUUUUGAAGUGAAAUACAUUCUACUGACCAGAUACCUUGUGGAAAGACAUUAUACAUUUUGUGAAUAUGUGGCUGUAUUUAUUGUAUACUUGGUGUUUAUUACUUGUUUUGUGUUUUCUGGAACAACGGUAUAAACUGUAUCUUUCAUUUGAAACAUUGAUUUUGUAAAUAAACUUGACAGCAUAAUUCAACCAGGUCUGUUGUUGACAGAUUCAAAUCAUUCAUCCAAUUUCUU